AUGGAUCGCGCCAGGCUUGCGGAGAAUGGCAUCUUUAUCGAGGACGGCGAUGGAGGCUGCGAGCUGCUUCCUCCCCACGUCGAGUCGCUCCAAGACGCGUUGCUCGACUUUAGACGGACUAUCCUAGACAAGUUCGGAUUCACCGAAGAAGAAAUACUCCAGCUCCUCGACGAGGACGGCAUCAAUGCGCGCGACGACAUCCCCGGCAAUGACCGCGCCGAGAUCUCGGCUGACUUGGAGUUUUGCGCCGGCGUCAGGGAGUUGACGAAUCACCUUGUCCAGGCGAACCAGCUUGGGUUUAGCGAGUAUAGUGAGUAUGACUGGAAGGUGCAAUUCGAAGAAUUGCUUCUUGAUACGUUGGUGGAGGAAGCCCAAGUUUGUGACAGAGACACGAGGCAAACAGCACGUGCAAAGUUCUACUACGACUCGUUUCAGGAGGCGCGAGAUCGGCCAUGGACGUUAUUCGGACCAGACGGCUCCGAAGGAACGCAAUGUGAUCUACCAGAGCCGAAGCCAGGAUGGGUUGCGCACUUCCCCGUCUACGUGAUCUCACCGGCAGAAUACAACCAUCAGCAUAGCGGUCUCCAGCAAUUUGCCUCUAGUCACUCAAUCGUCGACAACUUCUCGCAAGUAACCCUCGAACAUCUUGCUGGUCAUGGACUGCAGCCGAGUGCCACGGGAGUCACCAAGACUGGACGAAGGGGGGCGACAUUGUCCUCGGAGUAUGUGCUCUUCCCGUGGCUGAUUGUCGAACACAUGAAGGAGGAGUACAAGGGCAAUGCGGAGCAUUGCUAUAGCCAUGCAGCAAAUACUGGCGCGGCUGCACUGAGGAUGCUCGAGAAUCUGUCCAGACAUGACAAACAGUCUCUUGGGGACAUCCCGCCUGUGGUGACAAUGACAAUCAGGCGUGAUUUGGUUCGUGUCUGGAUCAUGCAUUCAUCACAUUCUAAAGGCACUUGUGAGAUGCAAGUCAUCUGGAGGGGCUCCUUAACCCGCAUGGUGGACAUCCUCGAGCUGAAGGCAAUUCUCGAAAACUGCCAAACCUGGGCGACUCGAGUGCUACGGCCGUGGAUCUCUAGGCAGAUUGACCUCUGGAAACAGCAAUGUCCAGACGAUUGUCCCAGACCAUUCGACGCCUCUCUUAGACGCCGAGCUGCGCAGUCCCGAAACUGGAGUAAUCGCCCCACAAGCGACGAGGACGUCCCCGAGAAAGAAUCGAAAAAGAACGAGAACAAAGACAUGGACUUGAGACAGAUUAUCAGAGAAGAACAUGAUUGGCUAUUGCAACAACUGUCAAAGGACCCAGUCGAGACAAAGAGACCGACCCGAUCGAUAGCUACGCAGACAGGCCCCGAUGACGACAGACACCCCCUGGAGAAGCAUGACAGACAACGACAAGUCAGUAGCGUCGAUAUUUUCAAGAAUAGCAUGAAAGUAUAUGGUGAAAAGAGCAUAUGUGUCAUUAAGCUGCCUGAUGUCUCGUCGGAGGAGAUUUUGGCACAGAAGCCUUGGCUAGGGGCAAAGAAGAGUUCUGAAGUUGAGAAGCAGACCGAGACAGCGUUGACACAGGGGAGCCAAGAGAAGAAGGGUGAAGUGGAGGAGAACAAAGUUGAGAAGGACAAGGCUAAGGAGCAGGACGAUAACGGAACUCGUGACAAGGAUAACGAAACUGAGGGGGAUGAAACCAAGGCUAAGAGCACUUACAACAAAGACGACAAUGGCAAUGACGACAAGGUGGAUGACGAAGAGGAUGGCAAAGAAAAAGAACCAGCAUCAUCGCUGAAAGAAGGAACAGAAGAGACCGAUACGGGCUCGACUCUAACGACCGACGACAAAGGAGAGCCGCCAGAGGGCAGAACCGGAGCUGUACCGAUUCCGGCGGAGGAAGACGCGAAAGGGGAUUCGAAUCCCGAGCCGCUGACUUCUCCAAAGGAAUCUUCUACAUAUACCACAGAGACGACCGAGAACGAGAGAUCUAGCGAGAUUGUCAAGGAAGAGAACCCCGAGGAGAGUAUCGAGAUCGAGCGAACUGAGGAGAUUCCCGCGAAGAACCUUGACGAAGUUAUCGAGAAAGGUAACUCCGAGAAGGGUACAGAAGAAGAAGAGAAAGCAAGUCCCGAAGAGAUUAUGGAGGAAGAGAAGCCUGAGGAGGUCGCCGAGAUGGGGAUCUUCGAGCAGAAAGUCAAGCACAAGAACUCCAAGGAGACCAUCAAGAAAGAAGACUCUAGCGAGAGUGUGGUCAAGGAGAAGAGCGAUCAAAACCCUGGUAAUAUGCCAACCAAGCUUCCGCUACCGACACCCGAGCCCGAACCAGAAGAUCCUUCAUCUCCUAACCCGCCGGCACCAGCUGAGCAAUUGGUCUGGCGCAAGGAUUAUGGACAGAACAAAGAUGACGAUCACAAGGAGUUGGAUCAACCCACUGUCAAGCAAGAUACACCACCUCCCAGAGAUGGAGUGGUCAGUACUCCGCCAGGAGAUGCACCGAAUACCUCCAAAACAUUUCAAGGCAUGCUUUCUCCUCCCGCAGAGACGAAGCCACCUACCGUAUUCGACGCGACACAAUGGGCUCACACAAAGUUUGCAUUUGGCUCCUCGGGCGAUUCGAAGGAGCCGCCUUUCACAUUCAAGAUGAGGACGGAGGGCAGUGCCGAGGAUCCAAGGAACUCUUCAAUACCCAGAACUCAGGCGAAAGAUGCCAGACUCUUCGACUGGCCUAAAGGAGACGACGAGGAUGGGCACGCGCGUUCAGAGAAUCCUCGACCAGUGAAGCUGAUCAAGGGGAGAGAGCCCGAGUUUCUCAAGACCCCCGAGUCCAACACAGGAUCAAAUCCUGGCCCAGGCAACGAGGACUCUCAAUCUGGAGGCGGUGAUGAUCCGACUCUGAGUAGUUCGAAGGGGACCGACAAGACUCCCUAG